AUGGCUCUCCUCUUCACAUCCUCCUUCUCCACCCUUUCUUCACCAUCGUCAUCCACUUCUGGAGUCUCUGCACACCCUUUUUUCAGGUUCUCCCACAAGUCAAUUUCACUGCACCCGACAAAAGCCUAUGUCGGGACCCAAAUCCGACCACCUUUUGUCCUCAACAACAGAGGCCCCUUACUUGUUAAUGCAUCUUCAGUUGUUAGUGGAACAAUCGCGACCGGUCUGGAGGGCCCACCACCCCUUCCAUCGGAUGGCAAGGAAGAAAGCAUACCGGUUGAGAACCUUCCAUUAGAGUCCAAGCUUCAGGAGAUAAACGAGCAGAGGAUAAAAACGAAACUGGCCAAGAAAAUCAGGAUGAGGCGAAAGAGGCUCGUCCAGAAACGCCAUCUGAGGAAGAAGGGUCGGUGGCCGCCUUCGAAAAUGAAAAAGAAUAUGCACGUUUGA